ACCCCACCAAACCCUAUAAGAUACGUGACUUUCUCAUAUUAAUCACGAUUUGAUUGAAUUAAUACAUUUUUCUUGCCUAAUCAAAUCUUUCUCUUUCUCAUACAGAAUGGAGAGAAAUUCUUGGGCCGAUCAGUGGGACAAGAAUCAAGCGUCGGGAAAACCGAAUGAUGGCGGAGACGGCGGUCGUGGCACUUCGGCGAAAUAUAAAGAAAAAGUGGGGGUUGGAUUAGGGAAGACGAAAGCGGCGGCGAGUUCCGGUUUAAAGAAGGUGAAAAUAGGAACGUCCCUGGGACUUAAUUGGGUUAAAGACAAGUACAACAAGACCACCACUAAGAAUUGAUUCGUAUCUUUGUUUUUGGAUUCUACAUAUUUGUCUUCUUCUUCUUUUUGUAAACUAUAAAAUCUGUCUUGAUUCUUAAUGAUCGGAGAUAUUAAAGACUUUUGAAAAUAAUGAUUUGGCUUGGUUUA